AUGGCGGGGAUCAUGACGUCACCACCGCUAGGAACUAUUUUACCGUUUCUAAACGUCCCACAAAUACCCCCGGGGGUUUACAAACCUGGACACCACCCCCGGGGAGAGAGCGACAUUUACAGCCGUCUGGUGAAAGACCAGAGUGAGUACUACCAUAUGGACCAGACCAACGUCCGCACACGGACCAACGCCUCUUUGGUGGUCACCUACGACGUCUCCGCCGCUGAAUCCGCCAACGGAAAUCUCUCCAACGGUUCAGAUUUCAGCGGAUCUCACACCGCAGAUAGGAACGUCUCCAUGUGGAUGUCGUCGUGGUCCACGGCCGUGUCCACGUCACCGUCACAGUCGUCACUGCCUCUGACGUCACAGGGUGACGCGGCCGUGACGACGGCGUACAUCGUCGUGUUCUCCAGCUUGUUUUUUGUCGUGGGGAGUGUCGGGAUAGCCGGGAAUCUCAUGGUCGUCUACAUUGUCCUGUCAGACGGCAAGAUGAGAAAGUCAAUGACCAACAUGCUAAUCCUGAACCUGGCUCUGGCCGACUCUCUGAUCAUGGUGUUUGGCCUACCGGAGAUCGUCCAGUUCAUGAUGAACAAUGGCUGGCAGCUGGGUCAGGUCGCCUGCUCUACGGACAGGACGGUGCUCGUGUGUGCGCUCUACUCGUCAGUACUCACCCUCGUGGCUGUGUGUAUAGAGAGGUACAUCGCCAUUGUGUUCCCCAUCAAAGCCCACAUAUUCUGCACCAAACGGCGUAUCCUCGUCGUCAUGGUUACCAUCUGGAUGUUCUCCGGCCUGUGCGCCACCCCCACCGCAGUCUUCAACCGCGUGAUGCAGCUGUCGGAGACCCCGCCCCAAAACUUCUGCAUCAUCGUGUUCCACCCCAACAGGACCCAUCACGAGUUCUUCAACUCCAUCUUUAAAUACACCGAAUCGGCCCUCUUCUACAUGGGCCCCCUCGUCAUCCAAGUCGUAUGCUACGCCGUCAUCGGCAAACGAUUGUUCGUCGGGGUCGAGAAACUUCACCGCAACAGCGGGGGGAUAAGUAGCGCCUCGCGCCCAAAAGGGCGGGGUCCGGCGCGCGCUUACAGCGAGGCGAUCCGCGCCAGGAAAGGUGUGGUCAAGAUGCUGAUGGCCAGUGUCGCCAUCUACUUCCUGAGCUACUCCCCGCAUCAGGUCAUGCUCUUCUACAACCUGUUCUCCAGCGCCGGGUUCGACGCCACCUGGGUCUUCUACGUCUUCACCACCACGCUGGCGUACAUCAACAGCGCCGCCAACCCCGUCCUCUACUGCGUCUUCAGCGACAACUUCCGCAGCAAGUUCAAGGUCAUCUUCCACCGGUUCAGCUGCUGCGCGUGCUGUUGCUGCCGGAGCACGGAUGGCCAGCGCGCGAUAUCCAUGCACUCGUACACGGAGUACACGACACUCGUCAGGAAAAACACGCAGUCGCAGAACUCUGUCCCGGCGGUGGCGUUGUAA